UCAUUUUUUGUUACUGAUUCUUUAAAGAUUGUGAUAUUCAGUGUCCUUUCAACAUCUCUGUUGUAUGAUUACAAAACCUAACAGCAAAAAGUUAGAUGGUUUUUACAGUCUCAUCAUAAACAGGCAAUCUUAAAACUGGGAGUGCGCAAAAGAAAAGAAAAGAUAGCCCACUUUUUAUCUUCCUUUUUACUACAGAUUACAGCAAUCCAAAUCCAAUGAACAAAGCAAAUACAGUUUCACUGUUUUUGAGCUGAAUUUCACUUUUGAGUCUCCCAAAGAAAUGUUAACUGCACGAACUAAAGCUGAAGGAUUGAUGCUUUUUGUUCUUGUUUUUUUAUAUUCAGGCAAAAUUUGGGGACCAUUUUUUGCUGUCACUUUCUGCUUCUUUGAAUAAAUAUAUCACAAGCCUAUGUUUUAGCCAUUUUUAUAGCUUCUGCCUGCUUAAUCUUUAGACCUGCUACUUUCUUCUGCUGAAUUAUUUUAUUAUAGUAUACGCAGAAAACAGUCAUGCAGCUAUCACAGAUUGGUGGGUUUGGUUUCAUUUUUUGAUUUUUGAAAAUUUAUGUACAAAAGUUAAAACUUUUACAUUGUAGUUUCUAGUGUGUCUUAUGAACUUUGUUAGUUCAAUCAGGGUUGGAGUUAAGGGCAAAGACUAAUUUACAUACUAUCUUGUCUUGUAUUCUGUUCUCCUGGUCUUGUACUUUUACCUCCUUUUUUAUGCUUUUCAUAAAUUCAAACUCUUUGUUUUUCACCUCUUUUCAUUUUUUCAUCAUUUCAAUUAUCCACUGAACUGGGUUCGUUUUGUUUGAGCAAUCAAUGAAUUAUGUGUACAAAAAGCUAGUUGCUUUACAUUUGUAGAUCACUUUUUCAUUGUAGCUUCUUUCUGGGUUUUAGUUUCUUCAAUGCUUCAUGCAUUUUCUUGGACUAAUCUUUUAAUAUUCCUAAUGGAGUUAUAACGUCUGUUAAUUAAAUCAGAAAUCAAAGCUUAAUUUCUUGAAAAGUGGGUGCUAUGGUUUCACAAGAUUCUCCUCCAAAUCCAGCUUCUAGCAUGGUCCAACAAUUCUUUGUCUCAGAAUCUUUUACCAGUCAAAACCAAUUUCAAAACCAGAAUUUCAAUGCUUAUGGUUCAGAUUGGAGAGGCAACAACAAUUCAUUCCACCAUAACAUACAAUCAUUUGAUGGAUCUUCAUUAAUUCCACAAGAAUCUGAGAUUAGCCACACCAGACAUUUGAUGGACCUUCUCGGAGCUGCAAAUGCAAAUAAUCAUCAAGCUCAAAGUCUGUCUCUGUCUCUCGGUUGUCACAUGCUCGUUCCUCAAGUUCAUUACAGACAGAGAUCAAUGAAUUCCGAUUUCUUCAGUUCCGGAAACCCGGGAAUCGAACAAGUAAACGACGACGAAUCUUUCUCCGGAAAUGCAUUUGGUUUGAGUAGAUCUUCUUCGACUUCUUACGGAACGGAAUCUUUUGGUCUUACUGUCAAGAAUUCAAGAUAUUUGAAACCUGCUCAAAUGCUGUUAGAAGAAAUUGUUAGUGUAGGGGGCAAGGCAGUUGAAAUGAACAAUGAAAAGUUUAUGGCUAAGUUAUUUCCUGGUGGCAGAAGAGGAGCUUCAGGGUUUUCUUCUGAAUUGAAAGCACAAUUAUGCAGUAACAAUAAUAAUAAUCUCCCACCUGAUAAACAACAUCUCCAGGUUAAAAUUGCUAAGCUCAUAGCUUUACUAGAAGAGAUUGAGGGGAGAUAUGAAAAAUACUGCAAUCAAAUGGAAGAAGCAGUGUCAUCAUUUGAGGAGAUAGCAGGAUUUGGAGCAGCUAAAUCUUAUACUGCAUUAGCACUUCAAGCUAUGUCCAGACAUUUCUGCAACUUAAGAGAUGCUAUAGUUUCUCAAAUAAACGCAACAAGAAGAAAAUUUUCACAGGAUUUACCAAAAAUCAACACAGGAUUGUCGCGACUCAGCUUGUUCGAGGGAGAAAAUUCCCACACUCGAUCUCUUCAGCAGCUUGGAAUGAUACAAAGCCAAAGACAAGCUUGGAGACCCAUCAGAGGCUUGCCGGAAAACUCCGUCACCAUCCUUCGUUCUUGGCUUUUUGAACACUUCUUGCACCCGUAUCCGAAUGAUUCUGAGAAGCUAAUGCUGGCAUCACAGACGGGGUUGACCAAGAAUCAGGUAUCAAAUUGGUUUAUAAAUGCUCGAGUGAGGCUAUGGAAGCCAAUGAUAGAAGAAAUGUACAAAGAGGAAUUUGCAGGAGAUUCAUCUGAAGAUUCAAAUCCAUUAUUAGGGAGCAGUUCUAAAGCAAGAGGAGGAGGCGAUCCAGAUCAUUCAGAGGAUUGAUUGAACAACAACUAUUCAUAGGCUUAUUAUUAUUACUGUAUAACUAGAUGAUUUUUCCUCUGCUGUUUCUUUGAUAUGGAGAAACUGAAAGAAAAAAAAAAUCAUUUCUUGAAUCAAAGCUGAGGUUUCUUA